AUGGCACCCAACUCCUCAGCUGUUCCAGAUACACCACACCAACAAUAUGGUGUUACUGUCACUGAGCUCCAAGAAAUGAUGCAAUUACGUGGUCUCGAGGCCAUAGACUAUAUCAAGUCUCGGUAUGAUGGUGUAAUUGGACUUUGCAAACGGCUGAAAACGUCUCCAAGCUGUGGUGAAUUUCUAAUCAACAAACUUUUUUCCCAAGUAAAUGCAUAUUAUUUUAAGAGAUGUUUUUACUCUGUCCUACGUCCAUUAGGUGUUCACAGCGUGGAAGUUGCCGAACGAACCCAAAUAUUUGGAUCCAAUGUUAUACCUCCCAAACCUCCGAAAACGUUUCUGCAACUUAUGUGGGAAGCACUUCAGGAUGUUACACUCAUAGUCCUUAUGGCUGCCGCAGUUGUUUCACUUGCUUUGUCACUUUACAGCAAAUACCUCUUUAUUGAGGAUUUCUGUGUGUGGCUUGAGUUUUCACGCCACUUUGGUUUCACAGUGAUGGAGGUAACUGGCAGCGGUUGCGACUACAUUCGGUCAUUCGAGUUUUAUCGAAGUUUAGAGGACGAAUUCGCCUGGGUUCCUCCCAAGAAAGCCAGUGAAUUGCCCACUCAAUUGGGAAAUAAGACCGAGUGCGCUCUGCUCGGGUUCGUGCAGGCCCUCGGUACCUCAUAUGAGGACAUCAGGAACCAAUGGCCAGAAGAUUCUCUUCUCAAAGUCUUCACCUUCAACUCGGAACGGAAAUCAAUGAGCACGAUCAUUCGAAGCCUCGACCAAAGCAAACGCGGACUAACUGUUUUCACGAAGGGUGCUUCUGAGAUGGUACUUAAAAAGUGCUCCUUCAUACUUGACGCCAACGGUGAGGCCCAGCCAUUCCCCCAAUCAGCACAGGACGAGGUCGUGAAAACCGUCAUUGAGCCAAUGGCCUCCAACGGUUUACGGACAAUUGCGAUCGCCUACAAAAACUAUGUUGGCAGUGGUGUUACACCCGAGAGCAACGAGUUCCCAAUGCCCAGUGGUAAACGGCAGGACCUCGAUGAUGAGAACGGUCUCAUUUGCGAUCUAACUUGUCUUGCAAUUGUGGGCAUCGAAGACCCCGUUCGACCCGAGGUUCCUGCUGCCAUUCGCAAGUGUCAGCGAGCUGGCAUCACCGUACGAAUGGUGACCGGUGACAACGUCAACACCGCCCGCUCCAUCGCCUUGAAGUGUGGCAUCAUUUCAGAGGGCGACAACUACACCAUUCUUGAGGGGAAGGUGUUCAAUCAGCGAGUGCGAGAUCCGCGCACAGGAAAAGUAAAACAGGAGCUCAUCGACCAGAUCUGGCCGUCACUGCGGGUCCUUGCGAGAUCCUCCCCACAGGACAAAUACACUCUGGUCUCGGGGAUAAUUGACAGUCACCUCACCAGAUCGCGAGAGGUGGUGGCUGUAACAGGCGACGGGACCAAUGAUGGACCUGCGUUAAAGAAGGCCGAUGUUGGCUUUGCCAUGGGCAUUGCAGGAACUGAUGUCGCCAAGGAGGCCUCAGACAUUAUCCUCACUGAUGACAAUUUCACCAGCAUUGUGAAGGCAGUUAUGUGGGGCCGGAACGUCUACGACUCAAUCGCGAAGUUUCUUCAAUUCCAGCUUACUGUCAAUGUGGUUGCCGUGAUUGUGGCAUUUGUCGGAGCUUGUUUUAUCACGGACAGUCCCUUAAAAGCCGUGCAGAUGCUGUGGGUUAAUUUGAUCAUGGACACACUGGCCUCGUUGGCAUUGGCGACGGAGAUUCCCUCGGAAGAGCUGCUCGAGAGGGCCCCCUACGGCCGCACGAAGCCCAUUAUCGGACGAGCCAUGAUCAAGGCUAUUGCCGGCCAGGCAAUCUACCAACUCACUGUUGUCUUCUACCUUAUAUGGGGAGGUGAGGUUCUUUUGGAUGUGGACAGCGGACGCGGUUUAUCGGAGCAGGGACUUAGCCGGCCAACUGAACACUUCACAGCCAUCUUCAAUACUUUCGUUCUGAUGACGCUUUUCAAUGAACUGAACGCCAGGAAGAUUCAUGGACAGCGCAAUGUUUUUGAAGGGCUACACCGAAAUCUCCUCUUUGUUGUCAUUUGGAUCACGACCUUUGUGCUACAGGUUAUCAUUGUGCAAUUUGGUGGUUACGCCUUCUCUACCCAUCCCCUGCCUGUGGAACAGUGGCUCUGGUGCAUCUUUUUCGGCCUCGGUUCGCUCAUCUGGGGCCAGUUGGUGAUUUCGGUGCCAGUUUCCGUGAUACCUAAGCGCUGUGUUCCCAAACGAAAGAGGAAAACUCUUCCACGCAAGUCUCUGGUAUACCAGGAGCUUGCCGUUGUGCCAGAGACGGGUGCUCCUUCUACAGGCGACCAAGUCAUCUCUGCCACUCAAAUCCCUCGUCCUGUCCCCUCGGACGAAGAGGAAUCCCUUUCUGAAUCUGAGGUAGACUCUGAGAGUGAAGAAUCGGGUGCUGAGGACAUUGGAAGUGGAGACCUUAAGAGCACAGGCCAGAUUCUCUGGAUCCGUGGUCUUUCGCGACUGCAGACACAGGCCACACGCGAUCAUGAGUUGGAUCACCGGAGUGAUGAGUUUAUGGGUCGGGUGCGUCGCUUCACUCUGAGUCAAAUCAAUACCGAGGGUUUGCAGCACCCUCUUGUGCUGGCAGCCCGCCGACAAAGUGUUAGUUUGUCAUCCGCGGGAAUUGGCGAGGACGGCCGUCUCUCCUCGCAGUACCGUCUCGGCGGCAUCGGAUGUCUGGAGGAAGAACCGGAAGAAUCGGUAGAUGAUGACGAUGAAUCCGAACAUAAUCGAUAA